AUGAAGAAGCUGCUGGGGCGCUUCAUCCCUUUCAAGAACUCUGCUGCAUCCGAAUCGGGUGAUGGUGCUGCUCUGCCGCCGCCGUCGACGGCCUACGCCGGCCGCAGCCUGGUCGGGUGCGACGUGUGUUCGAAGAUCAUCCCCCAGGCUGGGGACGAGCUGACGCCAGACCAGCUGCAGUUCGCCGUCGCAGAGGCCGCCGCCGCCGCCGCGGACGGGCCUGGCCACGGCGGUUGCGUGCGGUACCACUGCCUCGAGUGCGCCGACUUUGACGUGUGCGCCUCCUGCUACGAGUCCCGCUUCGACCGCACCCUCCACGACCACCCCUUCUCCCGCGAAACAGGGUUCGCUGGCCGGCCGCUGCUGGGGCACAGGCAGGUGCUGGCUCGGGACGACGACGGCAGACCGACCCAGCUGGCCAACCGAUUCACCUGGACCACCUACGCGGAGGUCCACCAUCGCGCCCUCCACUUCGGCGCCGCCCUGCUUCGUCUCAUCCAGCCUAGGGAGAUGAUGAUCAUCUGCGGCGGAAAUCGCGUGGAGUGGUUCGUGGCCGACUACGCGGCCAUCUUCAAAUCGAUCGUGACCAUUCCCGUGCACGUCGCCUUCGACGACGCCGCGAUCAAGCAGAUCCUGCAGGAAACAGGCGCCAAGGUGGUGGUGUGCGAGGCCAAGUACGUCCACCGGUUCCUGGAGCUCCGAAAGGAAUGUCCGGCGCUCGCGGUCGUCAUUCAAAUGGACCCUUCGCCAAUCGACACGCAUUUGCUGGGUUCGGCUGAGGGCGUGGCGCUACUGCGAAUGUCGGACCUCGAGGCGGAGGGCAAGGAGCGCUACGACUCGGGAGAGCUGCAGUACGAGGGCGACCAGUACAACAUCGUGUUCACCGAGCCCAUGGACCUCUUCUCGAUCAUCUACACCAGCGGGAGCACCGGCCAGCCCAAGGCGAGUCUGCGGCCGCUGGUGGGUUACUCGUUUGCUCCUCUGGCCCACACGUCGCCGCGACGGUCGGUGAUGGUGGCCAUCCAGUUCGGUGGACGGAUCGGGCUGGCGAGUGGCAUUGGAGAUGUGAUGUUCGAGGACUUGGCGAUCCUCCGGCCUACGGUGCUGUCGUCGACGCCGCGGCUCUUCAACGCCAUCCACAACGAAUACAAGAAGGCGCUCGCCGCGGCCCUGUCUCGCCUCCGACAGCGCCAGCUGGCGUCACUGCAGCCAACAGACGAGCCCGAGACAACGGGCGAAGAAGAGGCGGGAAAAGGCGGAGAGGGAGGCGAAGAAGAGGAGGGCGUCUAUGCGCGAUAUCUGACGCCGGUGGAGGACGAAGGCGACACGGAGGCCGAGGUGGAGAGGCUCGUGCUGCGGCAGUUCUCGAAGCUGCUCGGCGGCCGGGUCGCGGUUCUAGUGACCGGCGGCGCACCGACCUCACCCUCCGUUCUCCAAUUUCUGGACAAGUGCUUUCAGUGUAUGGUCUUCAACGGGUACGGCACCACUGAGACUGCCGGCAUCAUGACCGAGGGAAACGUGACCGGCUCCGUGAAGCUGAUCGACGCUGAAGAGCUCGGGUAUCGCAUCACUGACUCCCCCUACCCGCGGGGCGAGAUCUGCGUGCGCUCGCCCGCGAUGGCCCUGGGCUACUGGAAGCAAAAAUCGGAUGACAGCUUCGAUGCCGAGGGGUGGUUCCACACGGGCGACGUGGGCGAACAGCGGGGCAAGCAGAUGGUCAUCAUCGAUCGCAAGAAGCACAUGUUCAAGCUCGCCCAGGGCGAGUUCAUCGCCCCCGAGCGGCUCGAAGGUGUGUUUGGGGCCAGCCGCUACGUCGCCAGCUCUUCGUCGUAUUUGGUGGCCGUUGUGGUGCCCAACCUUGACGUUCUGCUCGAGUGGGCCAAAACAGAAAACGUGGGCCUGGCCGAGGAGCUGGCGGACCCCCGGCUGCUGUGCCAGAACCCGCUGGUGGUCGACCACCUUCUGUACGAGUUCGCCGUUCUCGGGAUGAACGCGCAGCUGCAGCCCUACGAGGUGCCCAAGGGCCUGCUGCUCGAGCCCGAGCCGUUCACCGACGCCAACGGCCGCCUCACGUCCACCCAGAAGCUCAAGCGACACGCCGUGCAGCGCGACUACCGCCCGGCCCUCACCGCCCUCUGCGACCGGCUCGACGCCGAAGCCCGGUUCAUCGAAGUGGUCGACCGCGUGCUCUCCCAGGGCGACGACGACGCGGGCGGCCGCCCGUCGCAUGGCGGCGUCACCAGCGCCGCUGCGAGUCUCAAGAAAAAGAGCUUCUUCCAGAUCGGCGGCGACUCUCUGUCAGGCACGUACAUCACCAUCACUGUCCCAAGCCUUCACACCGUGCGUCUGCUGUCGGCGGUGAAGGACAAGUUCGGAGUCGAAGUGCCGGCGGCGAUGCUCUAUGGCGAGAGCGCCCGGUUGGAUGACGUCAUCCGAUUCCUGCAGUCGCACUCGCCUUCGCCUUCAUCGAAGACGGCCUCCACUUCAUCGGCGUCUUCUCUCGCAGUCCCGGCGUCGUCAUCGUCCUCCACCACCACCACCAUCGACUGGGACGCCGAGACCACGCUCCCCGAUGACAUCGUACCCUUUUCGCCAUCAUCCGGGCCGCUGGCUUCUGGGAAGCCCGCCUCGUCUCCCAAGCGGGUGCUGCUCACCGGCGCCACGGGCUUCCUUGGGGCUUUCCUCCUCGCCGAACUGCUCGAGCAAGAAGACGACAUUCUGGUGUACUGCUUGGUGAGGGCCAGCAGCGACGAGGAGGCGGCACUGCGCGUCGACGCCGCCUUGCGCUUCUACGACCUGUGGGACGACUCCACGCCAGCGGGGAUCGCUCCCCUGGCGGGCGAUCUGUGCAAGCCUCGGCUAGGCUUGCCGCCGGCCGUCUACGACCGACUCACGAACGAACUCGACGCCAUAUACCACUGCGCCGCCUGGGUCAACGGCGUGCACUCCUACCAGGCGCUCAAGUCGAGCAACGUGGACGGCACGCUCGAGAUGCUGCGGCUGGCGUGCGCCGGCCGGCAGCGCACGUCGGACGCCGGGGUCGCCUUCCAUUACGUGUCGACGAUGAGUGUCCUGUCAAACCCCGACGCGGUGGCGCACCCCGAGGAUGUCGACCUCGCCACCAUCGACCCUCACCACCUCACCGGCUAUGGGCAGAGCAAGUGGGUGGCAGAGCGGUUGGUGCGAGCGGCAGCGGACCGCGGCCUUCGAGCGCGCGUCUACCGCCCGGGCACCAUAUCCGGCCACUCACGCACCGGCCACUCCAACACCGAUGACUUUGUCUUCCUGUUCCUGUGCGGCGUGUUUCAGCUGGGAGCCUACCCACUGCCCUCGGCGGAGAAGGACUCCUCUACCACGGGCAUGAACCUCGCCCCGGUGGACUUUGUCGUUCGCGCCAUUGUGCACCUCAGCCUCCGCCAGCAGGGCCUGAGCGGCGAGGCCGACGAUGGCGAUGGCGCUGGCGCGGUGGCGACGUACCACUUCGUGAACUACAACCACGCGCGGCGGGGGAGCUUCCUGCUGUGGGGCGAGGUGGUGGACCACCUACUGAGCUUCGGCCACGAGGGCGAACUCGAGGGCCUCCCCUACGACGAGUGGCAGCGACGCCUCAUGCGCGCUGUCGACAACACGAAGCGAACCGGACGCCAGGGCGAGAAGAACGAAGAGAAGAAGAAAGCGAAGAGCAAGCAAAAACGAACAAAGAAAGAGAAGAAGACGCGGCGGGGGACGAAGAAGGAAAGGAGAACGGAAAAUGAAGACGAAGAUGGAGUAGAGGAGGAAAGGAGGUGUCCGGCGCUGGUAUCGCUGCGGUCAUACUUCCAGGGCAGCGCGCUGCCGUUCCGGGCCAAGGAGUACAGCUGUGCCCACACGCUCAGGUAA